UAUGUUAGUUUAAGAGGAAGAUUAUUUAUUUGAUAGUGAAUUCACUAUUGCUACAAAAACCAUACAUAAAACAUGUGAUAAAACAUAUGGAGCUGUGAAUCCUCCAAUUUACAUGAGUUCAACAUUUGAAUUGAAAGAUGUAGACUCAUUUGGGAAAGGUUACUUUUACACUAGAUGUGGCAAUCCUACAAGAACAGUAGUUGAAGAAAUAGUAGCAGAAAUAGAGCAAAACAACUAUGCAAUUGCAUUUAGUUCAGGAAUGGCUGCUAUUUAAUGUGUGAUUAACUUAUUAAAAGAAGGAGAGGAGAUGCUUGCAAUGGAUGAUCUUUAUGGUGGAACAGUUAGUUAUUUAAGAGCAAUUGCAAUGGAAAAGCAUGGCAUAAAAGUUAAAUUUGUAGAUAUGACAAAUAUUGAUGAAGUCUAAAAAUAAAUGAAUGAAAAUGUCAAACUUGUUUAUUUGGAGACUCCAACUAAUCCAACCAUGAAAUUAACUGAUAUUAAAGAACUUUGUUAGAUUGUGAGAUAAAUUAAAAAUAAUGUAAUUGUUGCAGUAGAUAAUACUUUUGCAACACCCUACCUAUAAACACCAUCAAUCUUAGGGGCUGAUAUUACAUUAAACUCAGGCACAAAAUACUUAGGAGGGCACUCAGAUAUCUUAUUUGGUACUCUGAGUUGUAGAAACAAAGAGUUAUAUGAUGAUUUAUUUAAGAUCUCCUAUCUAACUGGAGGAUGCCCAAGUCCAUUUGAUUGCUACUUAAUAACAAGAAGUUUAAAGACUCUUGAAGUCAGAAUGAAAUAAUAAAUUAAGAACGCUUAUAUUUUAGCUAAGUACCUUGAAAGUCAUCCAAAAGUUGAAAAAGUACUCUACCCAGGAAUAGAGAGUCAUCCUUAAUAUAAUUUGGCAAGAAAAUAAAUGAGAGCUGGAGGAGCAAUGAUUAGUUUUUAUAUAAAAGGUGGAGCUGCUGAAGCCGAAAGAAUGAUGAAGGGACUUGAAUUAUUCACUAUGGCUGUUAGUUUGGGAGGAGUAGAAAGUAUAAUAUCUUUUCUAUUUUAGGUUUAAUAUAAAUUCCAGCAAAAAUGACUCAUUCAGGUUUAACUGAGUCUAGAAGACAGGAACUUGGAAUUACUUAAAAUCUUAUAAGGCUUUCAGCAGGUUUAGAACAUGUUAGUGAUUUAAUCAAAGAUUUAGAGCAUGCAUUAAAGAAUAUCUGAA